GCUUUGUUGUUUUGUCUUGUGCAGAAGGACAACCAGCACCUGCUCACCCACAAGAAGCAACACAGGCGAUGGACGACGUUGACGCCGAGGAGGGCAGCGCCACUUCCCAGAUGCCCCAGCCUCGUUCUGAAGCGUGUGCGUCGGACCCGGAGACACCACCACCGGUGGUGUCGUGUGGGGAGCAUGCAAGUAAAGAAGGCGUUGAUCAGCAAAAUCGGAGUGAAGCAGGAGACGAAGCAAGAAGGGCAAGAGAUGAUGAAGCGGGAGGAACAAGAGACGACCAACACCAACGCCAACAAGGGCAAGGAGACGCCCAGCACCAGCAGCAGCAGCAUCAGCAUCAGCAUCAGCAUCAGCAGCAUCAGCAGCACCAGCAGCACCAGCGGCCCCAACAAAGCACACUGCAACCUGCAAGCGAGCAUGCACAUGGUGAGGCUGGCAGCAGCGACUUGGAGCAGUUCCUGAUGCGGUUUGGGCUGCAGGCCCGCGAUGUCAUGGCCACGCACCUAUCGCACGCAGAUGUGGCGCACCUGGCCAUGUGCUCCAAAACAACGCUGCGCUGGUACAACGAGUUUGUGGCUGCCGUCCACCCAGCAUGGCUGUGGAAGGAUGUACGGCUGCCAAGCAGCCCGGACGUGCAGGUGUCGCCGUCCGCCUUGGCGUACUACUUCGCGCACUUUCAUCGCAGGAAGCUCGGCACGCAGGUUGUCCUGCACAAGCUGCUGCCGCUGCUGCAAUCGCGACAGUUGGAGAGCGCAGAGGUGCUGUGGAAGGUGUUCUGUGAGCGGCGAAAACACGACGACCACAGUAACCGCUACUACCAGGCCAUGACCCACGACCUGGCGAGCAUGCUGCCGCGUUCCCUGGCAUCGCAGGAGUGCACGCGCUGGUUCCUGCGCUGCGUGCGGCCCGUGCUCGAGUCGGAUGAGGUGUGGCGCCAGCACAUGCGCGUCAUUGUUCGCGAUGCCCUGCUCUUUGGCGCAGACGUCGUGCUGCGCGAGCUGCACAGCGACGAGCUGGCCAAGGUCGGCAACGUCGACGUGCUGCGAUCACAGGUCUUGGAGGAGCUCAGCGACUGCUGUAAGGACGUGUCCCUCUCCACUGUCAAGCAAACCCACACCUUGUUUGGGUUUGAGCAUGACGACUACAAGGGAACCCUGAUCCCUGCGGCCGUAGCCACGUAUCGUGAAGACAUCCUCGGCUUUCUCAGUACAGCGUUACAUCUCUCACAUGACGCCCUCACCGUCGACGUGUCAUGA